CCUAACCAUCACAAAAUGUCACAUAUUAACUUUUAGAUUUAUAGAAAGGAGAUGAGGGAGGCAUCUUAUACCUUUUGAUGGGCCAUUUGUUAUGGCCUACCAUGCUAACGGGUUCUCUAUCCGGAUAACCCGACUCCGGGAACGGGAAACCCUUAAACCAAUGUUCUCGGUGUUUCAGCUGAGAGAGGAGGAUUGAGGCAGUAGCAGAAGCAAGUGGAAGAGAAAUGGCGACGAACAGCAUCAUUCUGAACAGGAAGAGAAACAUUGUGUAUUCUCUCUGCAAACGCCUCUCCCUGGAUCCUGAAAUCUUCCUGGGCAACAUUGAGGAAAUUGAUCUUAAGAGCUUGUGCUGUAACAUUUUGAAGUCAUCGAGGAAUGUAGAUUCCCUCAAAAUCAAUGAUGAGGUGAUCAGGUGGAUAGAGUUUGCAGAGAAUUUUCCUGUUGACUCUCAAGCAUGCUUUGGCGUCCUCAACAAUUUAAAUGAAGACUUGGCACAAAAGUCUGUUCUUCAAGGCAAUGGGUUGAAGCCCUUGGAAGCUGAUGUUGUUGCCUUUUCAGUACUACACUCUUUUGUGAUUGGUUUUUCCAGUUCGGAGUGGCAGAAGUUGCCUCAUGUAAUGAGAUGGAUGGAUUAUAUCCAGAACACCAAGGAUAUUCCUGAAUUAUUUGCAAGGAUUUCGGUAGAAAAGCCUGGGUUUGAGCCUCCAGUAUCAAAAAUUGUGGCCAAGAUGGAAGCUGAUUCAAAUGCGACGAAGAUUGUGCAAGGGGCUAAAAAUGCCAAUAAUUUAGAAGCUGACCAGAAAUCAAAUAAGAGCACUACUGCAAAAAAGGCAGUUGGAGAUGGUGAAACUGCCGAGAAGAAGAAAUUACCUGAUAAGGAAGCAGUUGAGAAAGACAAGGAAGUUAGCAUCAGUUUGCUUAAUAUACAGGUUGGGCUAAUACGCAAAGCAUGGAAGCAUCCAUCUGCUGAUAGUUUAUUGGUUGAGGAGAUAGACAUCGGGGAUGCUAAAUUGCGGCAGGUGGUCAGUGGUCUAGCAAAGUAUUGUAAUCCAGUUGAGUUGAUGAAUCGCCGUGUUGUCCUAAUUACAAAUGUAAAACCUGGAAAGCUAAGAGAUGUGAUGUCGGAGGGACUGGUGCUAUGUGCUUCUAACGAGGACCGCAGUAUUGUAGAGCCUUUGCUUCCUCCAGAAGGGUCUAAACUUGGGGAACGUGUUUCAUUUUCUGGGAUUGAGGGAAAGCCAGAAGCUGUUCUAAACCCAAAGAAGAAACAGUUGGAGAAGGUCACACCGCAUCUCUUCACUGAUGGAAAGGGGAUGGCUACGUUCAAGGGAGUACCAUUUAUGACGUCUGCUGGGCCUUGCACAUCUUCUAUUUCGAAUGCAAGCAUCAAAUGAUGGCCAAUAAUACCACAAUGCAGUGUUCUUUAUAUGAUUACUCUGUUGGUUCAUGACCCAUUUUUGUUGUAUAUUAUAUGAUGAAAAUAGAAUGUUCUAAAAGAUGAAGAGAGGGGGGAGGGAGUGGGUGGGUGAUUGGUUUUGUUUUCUGAUGGAUGAAAAUGUUGCUCAAUGUUGAUAUUUAAUUUUGAUUCAUAUGCUUACAUUUUCA